AUGCCUCAAGGCUAUGACACUAUCCACACAAGUCCGGUUUCCGCUGAACCGCUCGUUGCACGGCUCCAUGGUCGUGUACAGAACCGUGUUUGGCGGAAGAGCUUCAGCAACCCGGUCGUCUGGCAGAUUAUCACUGUUGGUCCGCACAAGUUGAGGAUGAACCACAAACGGCCCAACGCCUUGCUCUUUGGGAGGAAGGAUACAGUGGUUGAUCCCCAAGUCCACAAUGCUCUGCCCCGAAACUGUCGUGUCAUCUCCAUUGAGCGUCGUGGUGAGAGCUUUUGGGCGGACACCGGCCGCAUCCAAGUAGCGCUGGAAGAUGGAACCGCACAGUCAUUCUUCAUCAAAGCGAUCCAGGGAGACGAGGGUCGGAGCAUGGUGCGCAGCGAGUACGAGUCGACCAAAGCUAUCCACUGCCUACAGCAGGACUUUGUGCCAAGACUAAUCGCCUGGGGCACUCUUGAAUCUGUUCCCGACACACAUUUCCUCCUCUGCGAAUAUCGCGAGAUGGUAAACAAGAUGCCAGAACCGAGCGAAUUCGCAGCCCGUUUAGUGGCUCUACAUCACAGCAGCAGGUCGCCUACUGGAAAGUUCGGCUUCCACUUGACGACAUACAAUGGCAAUCUGCCGCGAGCCACACAAUGGGAAGACAGCUGGGAGAGGUUCUUUGCUACAAGUCUGAAGCUGGCACUCGAGCUAGAGCAGAUGGCAAAAGGCCCAGACCCUGCAUUUGAAAUUGUGCUCCCGAGACUAUAUGAAAAAGUGAUACCUCGCCUCCUAAGCCCCAUAAAAAGCGACCGUCAGAACGUGAAGCCUUGCUUGGUUCACGGCGACCUUUGGUACGCAAAUUCUGGCGUCGACAGAAACACAGGCAAUUGUCUAGUAUUCGAUGCAUGCUGCUUCUACGCGCACCACGAGUAUGAGUUUGGCCAGUGUAUGCCUGACUGUAUUAGAAAACAAAUGUUGGGGGACAUCAAAGAUCUCGUGUUGAGAUAUGGCUGA